AUGGGUUUCCUUUACACCUACGCGUGCCUUGUAUCCUACGAAAGUGACUUUCGCAUCGCGAACGAGAAUCAUCUUCUCCCCCGACGAUUUGACGGAUCACCAAUCACUUGGGAAGACUGGAAUAAUUUCGUCCGCGAGAUCCUCAACCACCACAACAAAGAUAACACUCAUCCUCGCUUUCACCGCGCCGAGCUUCGCCUGGCCAGACUCAACAAUGUCCAUCGCUUCACUCAGUUUCCGCUUUUUGAGCCUUAUUUCCGUGAUCGGCGAACCUUUGGGAGUUUGUUGAGCGAUAAUAUUGCCUGGCUAGCGCCCGCAACCGUCUUGGUUGCUUUGGUUUUGACGGCAAUGCAGGUUGGCCUUGCCACAGAUCUGCUCAAGAACAGCAAGAGUUUCAUGGCCGCGUCAGAAGGCUUCACCGUCUUCGCCAUUUUGCUUCCUCUUGGUGCCUUUGGAUUUGUCAUUUUGGACUUGCUCCAUCAUUUAGUGAAGGAAUUGCCAUGGCUGCUCCGCGGGCAACCAAACCCCCCGUAA